CAGGAAGUGUUGCACAAACAGACGUCUCAGUCUUCUGUUCCAGUUUGACUUCAUGUGAAAAAUGGAUGAACGGCGCUUCUUUUAUCUGCUCCUCUACAUGAUGGCUGCUGCUGCAGCCAUCUCUGUGUCUUCUGCCUUCAACAUCGACGUGACACAUUCUACGGUUCAUUCUGGUGAACAGAAAGAUUUCUUUGGCUACAAAGUGCUUCAGUUCAGGUCUUCUGAGAACAAAGGGAUAAUCAUCACUGCACCUCUGAGGUCAAAUGGGUCAGGAGGAAUAUUCAGACAAGCUCAGGAUAAAAAAGAAAAUUGGUUCAGCCCAGAUGAUCUUUCUGAGACAAACUCAACAUUCAUCAAACAUCUGGGCUUGUCAAUAGCUGCAGACCCAACAGGCUCCCAGUUUACUGUUUGCAGCCCAAGUCUUGUUCACGAAUGUCAUAAGAACUCCUACCUGAACAGUUUGUGUUACAACAUCACUGAUGACCUUCAGCAAGUCUCCUCUUUCACGCCUUUGUUCCAAAAAUGCACAAAAAAGACAGUGAACUUGGUCUUUCUAUUUGAUGGAUCAGCAAGCAUGACCAAAGCAGAAUUUAACAAAAACAAAGAUUUCAUAAAUGAAAUAAUGAUCAACCUAAAAAACACAUCAAUCAAGUUUGCAGCAGUGCAGUUUUCUUUAACUUUCAGGACCGUUUUUGACUUUAAAGACUACGAUGCUGGCAAAGCUCUCGAGAAACUUAAUAAAGAACAGCACAUGAAAUCUCUCACCAACACACACGGCGCGCUCGAGUUUGUGUUGAAGAACCUCUUUGAAGACCCAAAUGCAGGUGGCUCACCUGAUGCAUCUAAAGCUGUGGUGAUAAUCACAGAUGGAGACCCAAGUGAUACGGACAAAAAUGAUAUUGUUCAAACUUAUGAAAAAAAAAAGAUCAUCCGAGUUGUCAUUGGGGUUGUCGAGGGCAAAAAUGUGGAUAUGGCAAAAUUCAGUUCCAUUGCAUCUCAGCCACAUGACAAAAAUAUUUUUGAGAUACAAAAAUAUGAUGGACUCACGGGGAUACUGAAAAGUUUUCAAAAUAAAAUCUUUGCUGUGGAAGAGUCCAAAGCGACUCUAGCAGAUGACUUGGUGAAUGAAAUGUCUCAGAGUGGAUUCAGCACUGCCUUCUAUAAGAACACAUUAAUUUUGGGUUCAGUGGGAUCAAACUCCUGGCGUGGUUCUCUCCAUGAGCAUCAAGAACAAGAUAAAGAACAGAUUUCCGAUUCAGAAAUGAAAAAAGACUCCUACAUGGGAUACUCUUUAUCUGUUGGAGAGAAGAGUGGCGUUCCUUUAUAUUUUGCGGGUGCACCUCGAUUUGACCACAUGGGACAGGUUGUUGUUUUCAGAAAAGAUGACAAGAAAUGGUCAACAGCCCAAAGAAUACAAGAGGACCAGAUUGGCUCUUACUUUGGUGCGGAGCUGUGCUCCGUAGACAUCAACUCAGAUGGUGACACAGAUUUUGUGCUGGUGGGAGCACCACUUUUUUAUCAGCCUCAUGAGAAUAAGGAAGGGAGAAUCUACAUUUAUUCACUUUCUGCUAAGAUCGAAUUAGAAAAAGAAUUCAGUGUGAUGGCACCAUCCAUGGGUAGAUUCGGCUCCACAAUUUCCAGUCUUUCAGAUCUAAAUGGAGACGGACUCAGAGAUGUUGCAGUUGGAGCACCGUUGGAGGAUGAGAACAGGGGUGCUGUGUACAUCUUCCUUGGAGAGAAACGCAGAGGGAUACGUGGCACUUUCAGCCAGAGAAUCAAUGGAAAGAAUUUCCAACCUGAAAUUAGAUUUUUUGGACAAGCCAUCGAUGGAGUCAUUGACCUGGGAGAUGAUGAGCUUCCAGAUAUUGUGGUUGGAUCACAAGGUGCUGCUGUGGUCUUAAGGUCCAAGCCCGUUUUCAAUGCCACGGCUCAACUGUCGUUUCAUCCUGGUGUGAUCAGCACUGAGAAAAUUGACUGUGUGAAUAAAAAAGAUGAAAAUUUACCGAUGGUCAACCUGACAGCCUGCUUUGAAAUGGUAGAAGCAACAAAGAGCAAAGAAGCAAUGAGACUAGGACUGAACAUCUCAUUCACACUCAGCUUGGAUCCAAGCAGACCAAAAAAUCGAGCAUUCUUUCUUCAAAAUGAGAAGAAAGUCCAGAGUUUAACAACUACCAACGAACUGCGCAUGGGAAAAACCUGCUUUGAGUAUCCUACCUACAUGCAGUAUUGUGUAGUUGACACUUUAUCACCAAUCAACAUCAAGUUAAAUUUCUCUCAGGCUGAUGCUGGGAGCUCCGGUGCUAUGUUGAACAUAGACAGCAAAAACCAAGCUCUUAUGAAGAUUCCCUUCGAAAGACAGUGCAGUAAAAAUGAUACCUGUGUUGCUCAACUUACAGUGGAUCUUGACUUUUUGUCUAAAACAAUAUUGGUGACCGAGGAUAACUACUUCAACGUGUCCGUAACGCUGGCUAAUCAUGGCGACGACUCGUACAACACCACCCUGACGAUGCACUAUCCUCCAGGCCUCUCCUUCUCUAAGCUUGAAGUUACAAAAUCCAGCAGACCAACACUUCAUGCGUGCUACGAUCUGGAAGAAGUUCUCGACAAAACAGUUUGCGGCAUCAGCCUUCCUGUGUAUCGCAGCAAAUCCUCAACGACGUUUCAAAGUUCGUUCCGUGUUGCAAAGGAUUUCGAGUGGAAUGACAAAAUAUCGCUAACAGUGACAGGGAAAAGUGAUAAUUCAAACUCCAGCGAGAUUGAUUGGAUGACCAAAAGCAUUCCGGUGCAAUAUCAAAUUCGAAUGGCAUUAACAGUAAAUGAAGACACGGUCACCUAUCUCAACUUCACCACAGAUGAUCCUGCACCCCAAAACAUGCAUGUUAAAUACAAAAUAGAUAAUACUGGUUUCAAGGAUUUUCCUGUCAACGUGUCCAUCCUCCUUCCAACCAAACUGGAACACAGCUUUGAAGUGAUCAGCUAUGAAGUUAUUGUCCAGGAGGACAAAACUCAGUGCUCGAUCCAGCCCGACUUGAAAAAACACGAGCAGAGCUGCUCACCAGAAAACAGCUGUGUGGUCAUCAGGUGUGACAGUUUAAUUCUGGAGAGAUUUUCCGGUGUCGAGUUAAGCUUGGUGGGAAAGGUGCACUUUAAGGACCUGAGACAGCACGCAGCGAAUAUUGCCUUUCUUAAACGAUAUACUGGAGAAAACGGAGAGGUGAAAUUUUGGAGCCUCUUAAAAGUUGACUAUGACCCUAAACGAUUCGUUCUAGCUUCUCAUAAACAAGAGAAAUCAAGUCCUAAAAACGAGAAUCCUCAGAAAACUGGAAUGUGUAAGGACAACGAUCCGACGAUCAAAUGCACCAACGUUCGCGUUGAGUUCAUAAUCCCUCCAAACAAGCUACUGAUCAUUUUAACUGGAGCCGGACUGGGGCUGUUGCUUCUAAUCAUCCUCACAGUCAUCAUGUGGAAGUUGGGUUGCUUCAAAAGGAAAACAAUGGAGUAUUAUCAGGAACAAGAAGACAAAGUCUCCUGGGAAAAUGGAAGCCCGGCCAAUUUUAAUCCUGACUUCAGCAGCAGGAUGAUGAGCAUAUCAGAAACUGACAAAAAAUCAGACCAACUUCCAGAAGAAAAGCAGCUUCUGGAUGCCGAGAAGACCAACGGACCCUUAGAGUCGGAUAUAAAGGACUCAUCUGAAAAUGUGAACGGCUCCACUGCUGAGUCAGAACCCCAGGAGGAGGAGAAGUAGACAAGUUGUUUCACAAAAACAAGUUUCUUCAUUUGAACACCAGAAUCAAACCUCAUCUCAACCUCAUUAUUAUACUCCGGACUGCUAAUUAUUGCCUGCUCAUUUCUUCUGUUUAGUCUGUUUAACUCAAGACUUCACCCGGUUCCGGUGUACCAUCAAAUCGCCCUCCCCCAUCUAAUAAUGGCCGUGUUCGAGUUGAGCUGCGCCUCGCCUGGAAAACAGACGAGAGCAGACGGACGCAGCAGGGGGAGUGGCUGAAAGCCGGCGUUUAAGUCGGACACAAUUUCCUGCAUGUGUAGCUCGCGGGUGACGAUGGAUGAAGAUAUCGCGUUAGCGUUCAUACUUGUUUAAUUUUCAAUUUUAAUUCUGGUGCCUGUUAGCAGCUGAAACACAUCCUCACGUGCUUGUGGAUAUCAUAUAUUGUAUAUGAAGACAUGACUGUAAUAAUAAGUAAAGGUUAGCAGCUGUAGCUUCAGUGUGCUCAUAGGAAACAUGACAAAAGAACACAAAACACAUUUCUCUUUAUGGCCUAUAUAGUUGUCAUCAUCAACGUAACAUGAUUUACAGAAUACAUGUGACCAACUAACAUUUCAUGUUCUACCACCGGAUGUUUGGAUCAAAAUAUGAACCAAUCAGAUCUUAGAUCAGGUGAGAGCCAGGCGCUUCCCGUCAUCCCCUAGGUUUUGCAGCCGAGGGAGAGCAACUGCAGCGCCUUGCUCCAAAAUCUGCGGCCGCCUUGAUCUCACGAGGUUAUCGUUGCCUACGUAUGCAUGACGUCAGAGCAAGUCGGCAUCAAGUUGGACACAAAAAACCGGCAUGCACUGCUCGCCGAUCACUGCUGGUCUAAUCUGCGCAGAACUGGCUCAUCUCGAACACGGCCUAUGUUUCCCCUACAGCUCCCCCAGCGUCAAAAGCGCUGCUCGGCUCCACCCAGGCGGCACAAAGAAAACCUGCGCUUAACGUUAGCUCGUUCACACACAUUACUAGCACGCUCUGCUCGUGCACAGGGAGACUACGGGAACCAUGAAGGUUCAAAAAGCAUGAUUCAGCGAAUGUCUUUUGUGUAUUCCUUCUGUGAUACAUUUAUUAGACAGACAAGACAGACAGAUACAGAUAGAUAUUUAAUAUAUAGAUAGAUAAGCUUCCCCUUCGUUUCGCAGCCCACAAAUAGCGUUUCCCCCUCAUUUUGCAGGGAGAACCAAAUCUGAUGGCCUCACUGAAGUUACCGUUCCCCCUGCGAAAUGAUGGGGAAACGCUAUUAUGUAUAUGUAUAUAUGUAAUUGUCGAUGGGUGAGGUGCACGAUGUGUGCACAUCUCUGCAGGUAUCAAUGUCAAAUCUUAUCUAUAGCAGCUUCAAGAUGAUUUAGUCAGUUUGUGAUCUGUGUGACAUAAUAAAAAGGUUUGAAGACUAAAUUAAACCUUAAAAAUCUACCAGCCAACACCAGAGCUGGAUGGUCCAAGCACAAAUCUUAUGACUGUAUUAUUUUUAAAUGAUUUAGCUCUUUGUUAUAUUCCACUUAUUUUUGUUUCUUUAUUUCAAUGCACUGAAUUUACUUUUAUACAAUGGCAAAUCUUCAAAACAAGCUUGCUUAAACCUUUUUUCCAUAUCACUUAAUGUCCUUGUCAAAUAUCUCUAAAUAUUUUGUGGAGAAAAAAAAACCCAUGGUAGUGGUUCUCUCAUAACGUUUGGAACUGGAAAACUGAGACUGGUGAUUAGCGUUCUCGUUUUUUGUGGCAAAGAGCGUCCCCGCAUCAGAAGGCCUAGGGAUGACAGCAGACAGGAGGGGGGAAGAGUUCAUGACUGUGUUUACGUUUAAAAUCCACCUUGUUUUGCAGACUUGCCACUGCAGCUUUAAGAGGAGAAUGUUUCAACAACUUUCCAGUCACGUUUUAGGAGAGUUAUUAAAAAUAGAGGUUGACCGAUAUUAGGUUUUCUAUUGCCAGUACCGAUAUGUAGUAGACAUGGUCAGCCGAUGGCCAAAAAGUAUUGCCGAAUUUUACAGGCUGAUUUUCGUGGCCGAUAUCUAAACAUUUUCCACCUUAUUUUCAUGCUGAAAAGUCACUAAUAACACCAGUUAAUGCACAAAAUGUCUGAAGCUAAAUCAGCUUUUGAAUUUUGAAUUCAACUAGCUUAAAUCUUAACUUUGUGCACUGAUCAGUUAGAUUGAUUAAGUUAAUUUAGAGCAUUUAUUAUGCAGAUGCUAUUAGUGAAUGUAAAAAUACAUUUAAAUUCUGCAACAGCACCAGGCUGCCUGAGGAUGCGCCUGAUUUUAAAUCAGCAUUACUAAGGAUAAAUAUCGGCCAGAUAGAUCAGUCUACCCAAAGUGAAAAAGCCUUUCUGCUGCUCAUAAACAGAACAAUACAUUUAACAAAUAAGAGUGGAUUAAUAAUUGGAUCUUGUCAAAUUAAUUAAAAGGUCUGGAGAAAGUUUGUUUUUUUUGUCAAUCUGAAUUUAAAACAGACAUAUAGCGCCAUCUAGUGACAGGAUUUUUAAACUGCACACCAUUUUGAAGAAAUAAACUUUAUAACUAAUUGAGGUGGUUAGUUAUAUGUUGGGAUGACAUGUUUUCACUAUAAAAUCCUGACAAAUCGUACCUUUAAAUAUUGCUGCACAGAAUAAAAAAAUCACAACUAAAUGAAACACCAAUUUUAAUUUAAAUGAAGCUGCAACAGAAAAUUGUACUUCUUUAUUGAAUACUAGUUAUAGUAAACACAAAUUUAACAUUGAUUUAUUCUUGCACUAAAAACCUGAUAAAUGUUAUAGUUUGUUAUAAAUUAAUAAAGGAUGUUUGUGCAAAAAUAACUUUGUAGGUCAGAAAAACAAAACAGAUCCCAGUGUUUCCCCUAGAAAUUUU